AUGUGGAGGUCCUCAACUCUCGCCUUUUCCUCGCUCACGGAAGGCUCCCUCUUACGGGGCGGGCGCUGCCUUAGCUGCCAGUUCCGCAAUGUUACUGCUGCCACUGCUCUCCGAACGAAGCCAUCUUUGCGUUACUAUUCCACCAGCCCUAAUGGCGAUGCGAAGCCGUCUCCUGCGCCCAAACCAAAAACAGGCGAAAGGGUUCAAUUCAAGCAGAACCCUACUCCCUCUCCGACUAGCCAACCCGGCGAUGAAGACUUCAUUCCCCCGCCUCUUGACCGUCCGAUCGGUUCGGUAAUCCCACCCCAGGAAGGGCAGAAUACCGGCGUUGAUGAUCGGUCAUUGCGAAAACGACGAGAUGAUUUCGUCAACUAUGAUAGACAUCUUGCGCGCCGCAAGGAAUUGACAAAACAAGUCGCAAAACCGUAUUUCCGUGAAUGGUCGAAUAUGCGUUACCACGAGGGAAAGACAUUCGUCUCGAACCCUCGAUUGUUCAAACGAGAUAAAUCCCUCUACUUUCCCAACAUGUACGGGAUCACAUUGGCAUCGCCCAAUGAACCUAAGAACACCACCUCGUUGUUCCGCGGCAGAAUCACCGUCGUCAACCUCUUCUCCAGUGUUUGGGCAGAGUCCCAGGUCGCUACAUUUACCGGUCCGAAACAAAACCCGGGGCUCUACGAGGCUCUUAAUAGCGGUGGUCAAGAUGUUCAGAAGGUCGAUAUCAACUUGGAGGAGAAUGCCCUCAAGGCGUGGCUGGUUAAAUCGUUCAUGUGGAAGAUGCGGGGAAAGCUUCCCCAAGAGCAACAUGAGAGAUACUUCCUUGUCCGCAAAGGUCUUACAGAUGGUCUAAAGGAAGCCAUUGGCAUGAUGAACAGCAAGGUUGGAUACGUGUAUCUCCUGGAUGAGAACUGCCGCAUCCGAUGGGCAGGAAGCGGUCCGGCUGAACAGACUGAAUUGGACUCCCUGAACAAUGGUAUCCGAAAACUUCUCGAGGAGAGGAAAAUAAGCAAGGAAUCCGAACUACCGGCGGAAGAGUGGGAGGGAAGGAAACAAGAUGACAUGAAACCCCGCGUGGUUACUAGACCCUGA